UAACGGACGGGCGGCUAACAAUGCUUCGGGCAAAAUGGUGUUGUUAUGAAAUGCACCAAACUGUUUGUUUCGAUUUCGAAUUGUUGUGAUAUUCUGAAUUCGUGAUGGGUGCGAAAGCAUCGAAAAUGAAUUCUUGCUCUGAGCAGUUGCAACAGAAAUGUGCGAGGGAAGAGUAUUCAUCGUUUGAAAGUUGUGAAGAGUUUUCAAUUCCUGAUGAUUUGUUGGUAGAUGUUUUAUCGUUUGUGCCACAUCAAGAUCUAAUACAGAAUUGCAGAUCAGUUUGCAAGCAGUGGAGAGAUAUAAUAGAUGGUCACGGUGUGUGGAAAAUCAAAUGUGAACGAGAGAGAAAAACGGUUCCUUCACUUAAACUUCGAAAUCUUCCAGUACAUUAUUACCAAUUAAUUUACUUGUUCAAUCCGUAUGGAAGAAAUUUAAUUAGAAAUCCUUGCGGGGAAGAUGGUUUGAGGAACUGGGUUGUAGCUAGUAAUGGCGGAGAUGGUUUUAUUGUUGAAAACCCUCCAGUUGGAGCAGAUGCGGUUCCUACAGAAAUUGGUGCUCAAUACUGUUUUGCAACAUCUUAUUAUGUUUGUUCAAAACACCAGAUUAUUGACCUUGUGGCAAAAGGCAUUCCUGCAGUAGUAUUAGAUUCUGGUUGUAUAAAAAUACAAGUUGGGGAAUGGUAUGCAGCUCGUUUUGACUGUGCUUCUGAAUACAAAUUGACAGUUCAGUUGGUGAAUGAACAAUUUAGAGAUGAAGAAGUAUUUGUGGAUGAUUUUACAGUAGACAGUUUUGAAUUUACUCACAGAGAGGAACAAUGGACAGGAAAAGAAUGGAAUUUGGUUACUCAUACAUUUGACAAUGUUAUAAAAACUAGAUAUGUGUUCUUUGAACAUUCUGGAUCAGACUGCCAGUUUUGGGCUGGACAUUUUGGAAGUAAAAUGACUGGUGCCUUUGUGCGUAUAAUUUGUGAAUAAAUUUUUUACCCUUGUUUCAGUGGAAUAUAAUCCACUGUUUAAAAGUACUAAAUUAUUGUAUUAAUUACAUAGUUUCUAUAAUAUCCUUUACAAAAUUGUUUAAACAUUUAUUUGUAAUGUACAAGGUGACUAUAAUUAAUGUUACUCUAUUCAGAACUGUCUACAGUUGUAAUUGUUCUUAGGAAAGAAGUGAAACUUUGUAUAUGACAUAAAAGAGAUAGACAAAGACAUUUAACAAAAACAACAAAAAAGAAAAAUUAGGGUACUUACAUAUUAUCCCACUGACUGUGGAAACUGUCACCAAGCAGCAUGAGUUAGCACCAGUGUGAUGCAAUAAGACACUCUCAACAUUUCACUUUUGUUUGAUGUAACCCCAGUUGACUAUUGGGGAGCCAUGCUUUGUUUUUAUUGAAUAAAGAUAUAAAUUAACUGUUAUUACUGUAUUUUUUGUUUCAUUUAAAAAAAUGAAUAAAAUUUGGGGCCAGCCUUCUACAUAACAGAACACAGUUGGUUACUUUUAAGAUUUAUUUUUUGUUGCAUUUAAAAAAAUGAAUAAAAUUUGGGGCCAGCCUUCUACAUAACAGAACACAGUUGGUUACUUUUAAGAUUAGAAGCUCCUAUCACUAAUAUAUAUAUGUGUGUGUGUGUGUGUGUGUAUUAACAGACACGAUAUAACCAGCUGAAUAUGGCUGACAAAACAGUAAUAGAUUGAAACAAUUACUUGUGGGAGGUGUGUACUCAAAGAGGUUUAAACAGAGCUUCUGGUAAGGUCAGAAGGCUUAAAAAAAUAGCAGGAAUUGAUGAAAGCAUUUUUGGAAAGUUCAGAAACAAAAUAGGUCGAAUAUUAAUUGUUUAUUUCAAAGAGGUGUUAGUUCUGUCAGAGUUCCAUAGGAACAACUGGUGCAACUCUGGCAGGACUGCUGCAAAUUUUCAUGUUUCGGUGGUAAUCAUCUUUCUCGGUUGAUGGGUUGAAACAUAGAUACCCAAAAUAGUUCUAAAUAUUUUAUUAAUAACUUACACAUUUAGCUACAUUUUUUUAUACACUUUUGGUUACAGCAAAGCAUGUUCCGUAAGGUGACCAUCAUUGUUAACUACCAUCUGUAAAAUUACAAGAUGGCAAGUUCAUUUAACAGAACGAAGUGUGUGUUGUUUGAAUGCGUCUAUAAGUGAAAUGUUGCCUAUAAGAUCAAGUGAUGUACUUGAGUUGUCACAGAUGAAUAUAUGUUUCAAUGUUCCUGAAAACCAAAAAUCGCAUGUAUUCAGGUUUGGGGAUCAGAAAAAGCACAUAUGAUGAAAAAAAUGGAUAAUGAUUCCUUCUUCCGUAAAAUUCUUUUGAAAGCAUGCUUAACAUAUCAUGCAAUUUAUAGAGGAGUUCUUUCUUGCUUAAAGAUGAUGUGUACAAGCUACUGAUGCCCUUGCAGAAAAAAAGUUAUAAAUUCAUUUUCGAAGUGCACUGCAUAUCACUGCUCAGUAUUGAGCAUGCACUGAACAUGCCACAUUAACUCCUUAGAGAAGUACAGUCCCAGAAUAAAUGAUGCAAUAAACUCACACUAUGCUGUCACUUUUAAGGAAUGGAACAAAGCAUCUAGAAUGAGUCACAGAUUUUAUGAGUUCCAAAUUUGGCAGUUGUCAGUAUCCGCAAAACUGCGUGAAUGAAGUAUGCUUUGCCUAUCCAGAACAUAUUAUUUUUGAAUUAAUGCAACAGCAAGCAAAAAACUGGAGUUGUGGAUCAAAACAACAUAUGAAACAAGUGUAAGUGAAUAUUUGUAAUAAUAAUAUUAGAGAAUAUUUUAAAGUACAUUUCACAGUUUCUCAUGGACAGUUAGUUGAACAGGGCCUCUGAUGCUUAUGCUGCACAGCGAACACUGGUGUUGGCCUGAAAAUUUGAAACUCUGUCUUUCUUACUUCUAUGCCGCCCAGGCGGGAUAAUGGUUAGUGACGGUUGUUGUACUGAAGGGCCCGGGUUCGAAUCCUGGAGAAAGCAUGAAUGUUUAUGAGUAUAUAAUGUCUGUGCAGCAAGGAAGCACUCAAUAUAAACAGCAAAUAGGAAUUCUCUAAAAGAUUUGUCGUAGAAAAAGAAAGGUGGAAGACCAUUGGACUGCAACCUAGGUUGUUCUCCUCUGGAUUCCCAUCUGGGGCUAAAGAUUAGCUGUCAGCAAGACCUGGGAAUACAAGAGCUGGCCUUAUUUCAAAUUUUUUCAUGUACUAGGUCUGUACAAACAAUUUUUCUUCCCCUUCCAGGAUGAACAGCCAAUGAUCCUGCUGCUUCAAAUUUUGUCAGUCUUCAGAGUUUUUAGUGAUUAGACCUGUUUCAAGCCUUUUCUAAGUCUGAAAUAUCUGUAAAGCAGCUGAUGCAGAAUAUGCAUUUCAGUGAAUGAGUUUAAUCAACAAAUCAUGAUCGUGCACCUCAUGGUUAUUGUGAGUGGUGAUUACACUAAAAAACAUAUUUUACGUUAAUUUUUAGAGGUUGUUUUGGCAAUUAUUGUGUGGCACUGAAAAUAUCUGCAUAUGUAAUAGGGAAUAUGGAUGUUCCACAGUAAAGCACCUUGUAGUGAUAACACUUAAAUCUAAUUUGACUUUUCACUAAAUGUCUUUACCACCACUUUGUUGUGUUGUAAAGUGUUUUGUAUUUGUCUUAAUUAUAUGCUUAUGACUGUAGGCUGCUCUGGAUAAAGGAAAUUUAGUUUUGGUCACUUUGUAAUAUUGAUUAGUUUGUAAAAUUGCAGAAUAGAUUUUGAUCUCCUAAUUAACAUUUCAAAAUAGUCCUCAAAUGCAUCAUCUAAUAAAAAAGAAUUUUUUUUAUUAGCUUUUAAACUUGAAUUUCUUAAAAUUUCUUCUGAUUACUUCUUUGAUAAUAAUUCAUUCUUGUUAAUUCUUAUAAUAAUGUUUUAUGUAGUCCAUUAAAUGAAAGGGAAGGAAGGGUAAAUAUACCCUUUCUUCCCUGCACAUAAUAUCUAUAUGUUUGUAGUAAAAAUGGCAUGUAAAAUUAUGCCUUUUUUUUCUUUAUGUGAGAGCUUUUAAAGUGAAUCAAAGGUAUUGUUAAAGUAAAAACUCCUGUAAAUUUGAAAUAAUGUUUAUUUCUUAAAUUGUAUGUGUAAUGUUAUUUCAUAUAAUCUAGAAAGUGAAAAUAAAAAUUAAAAGUCUUAAGACACUCAUUUUUGGGAGAAAAAUGUAAUUGAGGCAUUUUGAAAAUAAUAUGCUUCCCCUCAACACCCCAAAGCAGCUGUUAUUUUUUCCUUAUAUUCUUGCAAGCUACAGGUUGUGGAUUUCUCUUCAAAUAAUAAUUUCAGAGGAGUAGGAAAAAAUAGACAGUUAUUGGAAAACUAACAAUGCACAAGAAAAAUUAAUAGUAGCUGAAAAAUAACUCAAAGGGGAGUACAAUUUUAUAAACUAUUUCUUUUGUAUGUGUUGUAAUAUUUAAUAAUAAUUAGAUUUUUUGAAAUCUAAUUUGUUAAAUGUUUCUUCAGUUGUAUUUUUGUAUAGUUAGUGCAUUUUUAUUAAAUAUUUAUUUUGUUUACUUAACUGAUAUACAGGUGUUUUCCCUUUUUUGUCAGGUUAAGAAAGCAAGAGUAUUGCUGAAAACCUUAAAUAUCCAAAUGUGAAAUCAUUCUUUUUACAGAGCACCUAUAUACUUUUUGUGUCAAAAAAAUAUCACUUCAGAAAUGUGCAAAAACUAAAAACAUGCGUAAUAGGUAUAUUAUAUGUACAGUAUCAAAAGCUGUGUAUAGAGUAUAUAGUGUAUAGUAUAUAAAAGCUGCAUACAGAGUAUGUUGAGUAUAAUUAUAAGAAAAUGACUAACAACAGGAUAAAAAAACAUACAAUUUUGCAGUGUAAAUAAACAAAAGCUUAGCUUUAAAUU